UGACAGCCACCGUCACUGUUUUUCAAAUUCACGUAUUCGUUUCGCGCACCAAUAUCAAAAGUUGCCCAAAUGAGACCUAUCCGAUAUGGCCGCUCCGGAGAAACGUAUCCCCACCCCGUACAAAUUUCUAUUCGGAGGGGGAGCCGGGUGCUGCGCGGUCCUAUUCGUCCAUCCGCUGGAUCUUAUGAAGAACCGCAUGCAGAUGAGCGGCCUGGGAGUUCGCACCAAAGAGCACCGUACCACUUUUCACCUCAUGGUCCACAUCAUCAGGAACGAAGGGUUGCUCGCCUUGUACAACGGCUUCACCGCGGGUUUGUUCAGACAAGCGACCUACACCACCACCCGUUUGGGCGUGUUUACAUGGUUGUUUGAUGUGUUCACCGUCGACGGUCAAACGCCCGGGUUGUCACUUAAGGUGGGGCUCGGAAUGGUGGCAGGAUUAUGCGGGGCUAUCGUCGGCACACCGGCGGAAGUCACAUGGAUCAGGAUGACGUCGGACAAUCGAUUGCCGCCGGAGAAGAGAAGGAAUUACAAGCACGUUUUCGACGCCCUGAUACGUAUCAAACGCGAGGAGGGUAUCAAGACCUGGUGGAGGGGAUUGGUGCCUACGAUGGCCAGGUUCGUGGUCGUAAACGGAGCUCAGCUUUCGAGCUACACACAAUCGAAACAGUUACUCCUCGAAACCGAAAAGUUCCGCGAGGGCAUCCUGCUCCAUUUCUGCGCGUCCAUGAUAGCAGGCUUCGUCACCAGCGUCAUCAGUUUGCCCGUCGACAUCGUCAAGACGAGGGUCCAAAAUAUGGCGAGGAUCAACGGCGGUCAAACUAAUCCCAUCCCGAUCGUGACGGGCAUUUUUAAGAGCGAGGGUAUACUGGCCUUCUGGAAGGGAUUCACCCCUUAUUACAUGGGCAUCGGUCCUUACACCGUGCUCAGUUUCAUAUUCCUAGAGCAAUUCUACCGGGCAUAUAGGAAGUACUCCCGCGACUGAGUGUGCGUUUGUGCGUAUAAUAAUGUGCCGUUCGGGUAUAUAUUUGUCUAAAACUAA